AUGGUAUCUGCUAGAGCUUUCGACUUCACUGGUGAGGUGGCAAUUGUCACAGGUACAGGGUCACGCAUACCUGGCGAGAUCGGCAAUAGGCGCGCAACUGCUAUUCUUCUCGCUAGACAAGGCGCCAAGGCCCAGGAAACAAAGCGCAUGAUUGACCUUGAAGGUGGCAUAUCGGAGGUUAUGCAAACCGAUGUGACCGAUGAAGAAAGCUGCAAGAAUGCCGUUUCUAAGACCGUUGAACUUUUCGGGACGGUUAGCAUACUUGUCAAUAUUGUCGGAGUCGGUGGCGCGAUGGGAGACGCUACCAAAGUUGAUCUCGCAGCAUGGGAGCGCGACUUCAAAAUCAAUGUCACGAGCAUGGUAUUAAUGAGCAGACAUACCAUCCCAGAAAUGAGAAAAAAUGGGCGGGGUGCCAUUGUCAACAUGUCCUCUGUCAGCGGUCUUCUCGGUGGAAAUCCCAGCCUCUUAUAUCCUACAACCAAAGGAGCAAUCAUUCAAAUGACUCGCGCCAUGGCCGCCCAGCAUGGCCCUGAAAAUAUUCGCGUGAACUGUGUUUGCCCGGGCAUGGUCUUCACCCCUAUGGUACGAGGCAGAGGCAUGACCGAUAAAAUGAGACAAGACCGGAUCAACCAAAACCUGUUAAAGCAGGAGGGAACAGGUUGGGAUGUUGGCUAUGCGAUCCUCUUUCUCUGUAGCAAAGAAGCAAAAUGGAUCACUGGCUUGAUUAUGCCUGUUGAUGGGGGCACAACCGCAGGAAAGGCAGACAGGCCAGCCUUGAAGGCUGAUACACUCGCAGAGGAGAACACAAAUAUUCCCAAUAACGCUUGA